UUAAGUAACUAAUAUGAGCAAUGGUGGCUUGGUGCGGCACAGUAUUUACCACAGAUACCUGAUACAGCCAGGUUAUCCUGCAGGUCGCGUUUGUUGGAUUCCGGGACCCAAAAGGAUCGUCCUCAGCUGCUCGUUUUCACCAUGGGGAACGUGGUUUCUUCGCACCUGGAUGAAGGGAAGCGGGAGAUGAUCACAGCACGGACAGGCCAGGUCAUGGGGGAGUUCGGGCGGCUCUACGAACAGCAGUAUCCCGUCGCCCUCUUCAACAGCGUCCGCUUCGAAAUCGAGGGAAACAUCAGUCCCCAGUCACAGCUCCUACACCGCAAGGCACCCCUGGAAGACAAGUCCAUCUUCUCUGGGAUGCUGUUCCAGUACCUGGAGGAGAACAAGAAGUGGAGGAACCGUUUCUUCUUCGUCCCCGACUCCUACGUCAUCAGCUAUUACGAGAACAAACUGGCCUACGACAGGGGGCUGCAUCCCAAGGGCGCCAUCAGCCUGGCAGGGUACCGCGUUCUGGGCUCUCUGGAGAAGUACCUGGAGCUCCUGGAGACCACGCUGCCCGGUGUGAAGGCCAAGGCGGGCAGCGCCCCACCCCUCAAGUGUGCGACGCAGUUCCCCAUCCUGCUGUGGCACCCGUACGCCCGCCACCACUACUUCUGCGUCACCACGGAGAAGGAGCAGCAGAAGUGGCUGGCAGUGUUCCAGGACUGCGUCCGACACACCAACAACGGCCUGUCAGAGGAUUGCAAGGUGCAGACGCCGGCCUUCACAGAUGCCGUGAGGCUCUACCGACAGGCGCGUGGCCAGUACAGCACCUGGGAGAUGAUGUGCGGAACCCCAACACAGAUCCUUGCCAACCUGGUGAUGGAGAACCUUGUUUCAGAGUUGAGGGACCUCAUCGCUGUGCGUCUGAAAGGCAAGGCCUUCGAUAGGCAAAGGAACUGGAUGCUGAUCUCAGAUGCCGUGUACAGCCUGGUACAGGAGCAGGUGAAGGCGCAGUACGAGGCCGUGCUGCAGAAGUGUGAGGCGGGGCGCCCCCCACUGGAGGCCACCAUACGCACGGAUAUGGAUCAGAUCGUCACCUCCAAGGAGCACGUCACCAGCAAGAUGUGCGCGCUGGUCCUGCCUAAGGCCGACAAGCUCCUGAAGGCCAGCAUCCAGCCGUACAUCUCCUCGGUCCUGGAAGCCCUGAUGGAGCCGACGAGCCGUGGGUUCGCCGAAGUGCGCGACGUCUUCUUCCGCGAGCUGGUGGACGUCAGCAAGAACAUGCUCAACGGUGGCAGCAAGGAGAAGCUGGGGGAGCAAAUGGAGAAGGUCUCCAUGUUGGCCUUCCACCCAGUGAAGAUGCAGAGCUGUUACGAGAAGGUGGAGCAGCUGCACCUGGAGGGCCUCCAGCAGCGCUUCGACGUGCCCAGCACUUCGGUUUUCAUCCAGAGAGCUCAGAUCCUCAUGCGAGAGCAAAUGGACAACGCGGUGUACACCUUCGAGCAGAUCCUGCACCAGAGUCUGGAGGGCCACAGCGGCGAUGAUCUGGCCAAGAUCAUCCAGCGCUGUCAGGACAGAGUCAUCAAGAAAUAUGACUAUGAUAGCAGCACGGUCCGCAAGAAGUUCUUCAGGGAAGCUCUUCUGCAGAUCUUCAUCCCAUACAUGUUGAAGCAGCUUUCCCCACCCUUCGCUGCUGAGUUGCCUCGUUUCCGGGAGCUGAUCUUUGAAGACUUUUCACGCUUCAUCCUGGUAGAGAACAUCUUUGAGGAGGUGGUGUUGCAGUCCAUAAUGAAAGACAUCAUGAUGGCUGUGAAGGAAGCAGCCGUCCAGAGGAGACACAACUUGUACCGGGACAGCAUCGUCCUGAACAACAGCGACCCCAACCUACACCUUCUGGAUGACAACCCCACCAUCGACUGGACAGGAGAGUAUGGGGGCCAAGGGGACCACACCGACAGCGGAGAAUCUCAUAAGAGGCGUCGGAUGAAACAGGUGGUCUCCAUGAUUCAAGUGGAUGGAUCGCACCCGCUGCCCUACGAGUCAUGCCUGGAGGUGCCAGGAGUUGGAGGCAUCGUAGAGGAGGGGGAAGGCAAGGGCACGGACACCCAUUCUGCCCCAUCUGCUGAGGAAUCACAUCAAGAAACUAAGUCUCACCCAGAGAGUGCUCCUCCACUGACCAAUGGAACAGGCCAGAAGGAGGAUGGACAGAAGGUUCAGGCUGAUCCACCAAAAGCAGUUGCCCAAAAGGAAGAAGAGAUGAGACCUCCCACAGAGAGUGCCCCACAGGCAGUGGAAAAGAAGAGUCCCCCAACAGAGAGCGCCCCACAGGCAGUGGAAAAGAAGAGUCCCCCAACAGAGAGCGCCCCACAGGCAGUGGAAAAGAAGAGUCCCCCAACAGAGAGCGCCCCACAGGCAGUGGAAAAGAAGAGUCCCCCAACAGAGAGUGCCCCACAGGCAGUGGAAAGGAAAGUUCACCUGGAGAGUCCAAUCCAAGAUGCUGCAAGCAAGUCGGCUAUCGAAAGCGCCAUACAGGAGAUUGAGAACGCUGUGCUCGGUGAGGACAGUGGGCUCCUCUCAGAACCCGAGGAGCAGGUGGUGCACAAAAGCGCAUCCUUGAAUCCGGAGCUGGAAAGGCCGGCACCAGGGAAGAAGCAGGACACCUUGACGGCCGUGCCAGAGUCGGAGAAACCCCCUGGUGACUCCCAACCUCAUGAGCACAAGGAGGCCGUAGCCAAGCCGAGCAUCCCGGAGGGUGAUGAGAAGGCUGGAGCUGCCACUGCUCAUCCGGAGCAGAUGGCGGUCACCCCUCCUAGUGACUCUGAGACAGGAGAAGAGGUUUCUGGGAAAGAGCCUGUGUCAGAGCCAGGUGCUGUGCAAGAGCCUUGAAUUGACACACACAUCCGUUGAUAGCCGAAAAACGUGUUUUCAUCCAUGAUGGGAGAGAGCCGACACAGGAACUAUCAAAAUUGCAAAUGUGGAACAGUGGUGCGAUUUUUCAGUUUUGCUUUACAUUUAUAUUCUGUUCAUCAUCCUUUGAUAAAUCAAUUAAAAUGCAUUCCGCGUCUCAAUUCCAAAAUUGCAAAAAAUCAUCUGAAUUCGGAAUUCCGCUCCAAAAAAAGGGAGACUUGAAAAAUCAUGCUGUUUUUAAAUAUUCCAAGCCGGGCUUGGUUGCAAUCGUAACAUUUAAGUAUCUUUAAUAAUAUUACAGAGAAAUAUAGAGUAUAAAUAAAUUUUUUUUCUGUCAAUCUGUUACUGUCACCAUGUUAGACAAAAUAAAAAUAUUUGAAUUAAUUCCUCAACAAAAACAAGUCACCAUAUCUCAUCUUGAGGAUUUAAUUUUACCGGUGCAAUUCCUAGAUUUCAGCAUGCAUCUUUGUGUUUACCGUUGUGUUCUGGGAACGACGAGAGUAAAAUUGUUACACUAUGGGUAAAGGAGCGUAACUUGGCGGUGGCCCCACCCGUGAUUCUCGGUUCAGUUUUGGCGCCUCCUAUGGGUGGGGACUUCUUUUCCUCCGGCUCCAGGAAGGGCCGCUAAGUUCACAGCCACAAAAACUGAGCAGCUGAACUGUCGAAUAGUCAUAAGAAUAAACAUCGCCUCCAAUAUAAACUGAAAACACUGAAAAUAACAUUUGUUUAGUGGUUAGUGAUUUCAUAUUGUUUUUUUUAUAAAUUUUCACACAUUUUGACUCAAUGUUGUGCAAAGCAGAAUAUAAUUCCGUAUUUAGUUUUAUAUGUGUAUAUUUACACAUUGCUUUGUUUUUAAUUUGAUUCAUUAUUUUCUCCUGCUUUUGCGAACACUAUGGCUUCAUUUCAACGGACACUUUCGACUGCUCAGUUACCGUGGGAUUAUUCAUAUGCAACCUGGCUAAUAUUGAUGACUAAUUUAUGAUGAGCUGUCUAAAAGUGAGAGAGCGGUUUCAAAUGCUGCUGGCACUGUGCCUGUGGGGCUAAUGUAAGCUCCUACAAAUGUAGGCCUGUAAAAGCAGAUGAGGUCGCAGCCAACUGAGUUUCUGUCGUCAGCUUUGAAAUGUGCAGCAAUUUCUGUAGCUACAGUAGCUGGUCUCAGUGAGACAGCCCGGUCUUGUGUACGACCCAGUUCGAUGUUCAUCCGUUUAACUCGAGGCUGGUGUGCUUUGAGCAGAACAUCCCGCAGCCAGCAGAUGGCAUUGCAGUUAAGGAACUUAAUUUACAAGACUAAGAAGUUCCAAGAAGUUCCAUGCUGGUGUACUCCUGAGAAACAUAUUGAACCUGAAAUGCCAAAAGUCCUAAAAGGACCAAAAAAAAGUGUCAUCUAAGUAAAGAAUCACUUCUGUUUAAUGGUUAUAGGCAAACAAAGACAUGAGCCUUGUUCAUGACAAAUUGUAAUAUUGUAUUGAAAGAAUAAAAAAUAGAGAAUUAAAUUUUUCUUGUGUUCAGUCUGGCGAUGAGCUCUAGACCAAAUAUUACAUUCUCCACCAUAAUAAAGCAUGUAGACUGAAACACGGCAAAGUACUUUUACUACUAAAGUCUCUUCUAUUAAAGAUUCAUUAGCAUUUUUGUAGUUGUUUGCAUAAGGAAUUGGCCAUUUUGUUUAGCAGGCUUUAAUAAUUUAAAUUGGUUCAUUGUAAAUGAUUCUAUUUUUUCACAGUAUAAUUAUUUUGGGACAUAAAUAAUGAAGUGAUUAUCGCUUUUUCCUGGUGUUUUAUUAGCUGUGAUUGACUGUCCUUAAUAGAAACAUCAGUUGUUAUGAACAUCUGUUAUGCGAGACAUGACUACUACUAUAUGGGACUGAGCUUCGUAUCUAAAAACGUGGAACACAGACUGGUUAACAGCAUAUUUUUCCUGGAUGAUGUGUGUGGAGCGAGGAGGUGGAUGGGCGGAGGUGCAGUUUGAGGAAGGUUUUGAACUCGGAGGCAAUUGACAAGCUGGAAAGGGAUGCCAAGUGGUUGGAUCGCUGGAGCCAUGGAGAGGCGAUGGAAAAAUCAGAUGGACGGGUUUUCUCCUCAUUGGCCUUGGAUGCACUGCAGAAUUAAACCAAAACGCUAGAACAAGAAGGGAGGAGCAGCAGUGGUGUGGAGCUGAAUGAUCAGAUUGUGACUAAAUUGUUUCAGGUUCUGAAUUGGUAGGAGCCAUUCUGUUCUUCCAUGAGCAAAUUUCUUUCCGUGGAUCAUCCAGUACAGUCUGAAAGUUCAUAGACUAUGUAAGUUGCUUUGAGCAACUUUUUCUGCAAGCUGGACCUGUCUUUGUGAUGUUUUAUUUCAAAUUGAAAUAGAAAAUCUGUCAAUUUUCUUUACAGUUUUAGCAAACUGGCAAACGACAUGACACACUGACAGUACUACAAUUCUAAAAGUGCAAACCGAUACCGUUUCCCAGUUGUGUAGAUUUUUUUUUUUUUUUU